AUGGCACUACAGCCCUCCACGUCUGCAGCAGCCGCCAACAGCAGUAACAGUAACAACAGUAACGUCAACAACAAUAACACCACCACCGAUAACCAGAACACUACAACUGCGACUGCAUCUCUCUUCGGCGGUCACAGCCAAACCACCCCCGCUGCGGCCGGCGCAACUUCGCAAACGGCGAACGUCUCAUUCUCCUCGACCCUUGCCCCAUCCUCCAACAGUGCCUUCAUCAUGCCCAAUACGCCGGUCAAGACUCGUAUGCAUAGCGAUGGUUAUCGACCCAAGGUGACUCGCACAUUGGGUCAGCGCCCUGCUUGUCUUGUCAAUGCCUCAGUAACAUACUGCGGCAACAACCAGAUUUACGCCUUUGGCGGCUUCGACCAGUACACCGAUGAGGUCUACAACCAUGUCUUGCGCCUUGAUCUGGUUAGCCACCAAUGGACGCUGGUUGACAACUAUGGUGACAUUCCUGGCGUCCGUAUGGGCCACACUGCGACUUUGUACCAGGGCGACAAGCUUCUUGUCUUCGGCGGCGAGAACGAACACCGAACGUACCUUUCAGAUCUCAUCAUUUUCGAUAUCAAGACGGCACACUGGACCCAGCCACAGGUAUCCGGACCGAUCCCAAAGGGCCGCGCUCGCCAUGCCGCUGUGCUGCACGAUGACAAGCUGUUCAUCAUGGGCGGCAUCACUGGCCACGAUAACUAUGUGCUCGAUGACAUUUGCUACUUGGACUUGAAGACCUUUACCUGGUCGAGGUCAUGGCGCUUCGUCGGCCGUUUUGAUCAUUCAGCCUACAUCUGGAACGACAGGGUUUGGGUAUUUGGUGGUCUAAGCGAGGAAAUGGACAAGGUCAGCGAUCUAUGGUGGCUUGAUCUUAAGGGCAACCCGGCCUUCCAAUCACCUCCAACAACUGGCACGAUUGAUCGAACCGGCCUGGUUCGUACAGUAGCAUCGCCGAGACCCCCAUAUCAAUCAGGGUCUGUCGUGGGAUCUUCUGGAUAUGCGGCAAAUUCGAGGUCACAGCAAGUCAACCCAUCUUCCUUCCAUCUCAGGUCGUACGCCCCUCCUGCCCCAGGGCAUAUAUCCGCUCUCAAGUUCGUUCAUGGCCCAAAUGUCCCGUCCCAGAUGCAGGGUAUCCACUUCCAUGUCUAUACAUCUGGAACUCUUCUCGACUUCGUCACUCCUGCCGCAACCAUAUCCUCGAAGGAUUGCUCUCUAUCAGCGCUUGAUUUGACUACGUUUCGGUGGCAGAAGCUUGCUGAAGGACGCGAGAUCUUCAAGUCGGGAUACCGUUGGCAUUAUUGCACACUGAAUGAGGACGGCACCAAGGCCUGGCUCCUAGGUUGUCCCACAGAGCCAGCCGCUGCCGACGGGAUUAACAAUCUCGAGGAGUUUCUCUCCGAUAUCAUGGAAGUCGAUUUGCGGCGGUACGGUUUCUUAGGGAAUGCCAUGUCCUCUGAACAGCGGACAGACCCCGCUCGUCCUGCUCUGCGCAGCCGUAACGCGGAUGUCGCCUCUAAGGGGCUUGGAGCAGAUCUUGCCAGGCUGUUUAACAAGCCCCCAGAGAGCGGAAGUGGUACGGAUUUCAUCGUGACAGCUCUCCCUCCGAACUACGACGAAGACGAGAUCAUGGGCUCAGCCCUCGUGCACUCUGGGGAAGACGGGAGCGAAAACUGGCUGGCCUCUGACGCCCCGACCUCUCCCCCGAUUCAUGUCCACCGCCUCAUCCUACAAGCCCGCUGGCCUCACUUCGCGCGUCUCUGGUCAAGCCAAAUGGCCGAAUAUCACACCAAGAAGAUGCACAUACCCGAGCCCUACACCGUGGUCAAAGCCUUCCUCUACUACCUCUACACCGACCGCAUCGACCCCGUCGACGACGACCACGAGAACACCGCAACAGACCUCUCCGACGUGGCCGGCCUGCUGGUCAUGUCCAACAUGUACAACAUCCCCCACCUCCGUCUGCUCUGCGUGAACCGCCUCAGCCGCGAGCUCGACGUCGAGCACGCUUGUAUCAUCUGGUACUGCGCGGGCCUAGCCAACGAGGACUGGCUCAGGCGGCGGGCCGCCAACUUCUGCAUGACACACUGGGGCCGUGUUGUACGCACCGUCGGCUUUCAGCGGCUGCCGCGCCAAGCGCUGGUCGAGCUCUCGCAGGAGGUGGACACCGAGGGCCGCGUGGUCGGCGGCGACGAACUGGACAUGAUGGUGGUGCUCAGCGGGGAGGGCGGCAUUAUCGGGCGGUAUGCGGCAGACGGGUCGCUGGUGGUGGCGCGUCGUAAGGAGAGCGUCAGCAGCAACCACACGCAGAUGCUCGAGAGUGAGGUGGAUGAUGAUGACGGGAUGGAGAUGUCGUAG